AUGAAAGAGCAAAUCUGUCAUCUUUGACAAUUACGGACCCAACUCAAAGUCAAAAAGUUGUUCCUCCCCUUCUUUUAACUGCCCCACCUACAUCCCGAAAUCACGAUCUUUCCUUUGCUCACUCCCUCCCUCCCUCUUCUCCAUUCUCUUGCCCUUCAUGCAUUAGCCCCGAAACCAAACCAAAGAUCAAGUUUUUGAGGAAGCCAUGAGAACAGUAACAGACACCAUUCUCCUCCUCCUCCUCCUCCUCCUCCCCACUUCCAUCCUCUCAUCAAUCUCUCCAUUCUCCUGUGAUGCUUCCAAUCCUUCCACAAAAGAUUACCCAUUUUGUAACGUGAACUUGCCUACAGAGCGGAGGGUUGAUGAUCUCAUCGCCCGCCUUACCCUUGCGGAAAAGAUCUCCCAGCUCGUCGACAGAGCUCCUCCCAUUCCCCGCCUUGGCUUGCCGGGCUACAAGUGGUGGUCCGAAGCUCUUCAUGGCAUCUCUGAUGCAGGGCGAGGCAUCCACUACAACGGCUCAAUUUCGUCCGGCACCAGCUUCCCUCAAGUCAUUCUUACUGCGGCUUCAUUUAACCCCUUGCUUUGGUACCGAAUCGGUGAGGCUAUUGGAACCGAAGCUCGAGCGUUGUACAAUGCCGGGCAGGCAGAAGGGCUAACAUUUUGGGCACCGAACAUUAAUAUUUUCAGAGAUCCGAGAUGGGGCAGAGGCCAAGAAACUCCAGGGGAGGACCCAUUAAUGGCGAGCAAGUAUGCUGUCUCCUAUGUCAGAGGAGUGCAGGGUUAUUCUUACGGAGGAGAAGGUGGAGCAGGGCUCAAGGCUUCAGCUUGCUGCAAGCAUUUUACUGCUUAUGAUCUCGACCGUUGGAACGGAGUUCUUCGGUACUCAUUCAAUGCAAAGAUUUCAGUUCAGGAUCUGGAGGAUACUUAUCAGCCUCCUUUCAAGAGCUGUGUGGAACAAGGUCAUGCCUCUGGAAUCAUGUGCUCAUAUAAUCAAGUUAAUGGCGUUCCAACCUGUGCCGAUUACAAUCUUCUAACAAAAACAGCAAGAGGAUUGUGGGGUUUUAAUGGUUACAUCACUUCGGAUUGCGAUGCUGUCUCGGUCAUUUACACGAGCCAGAAAUAUACCAAGACCCCAGAAGAUGCAGUAGCUAUCACGCUGAAAGCUGGAAUGGAUGUGAAUUGUGGAGAAUAUGUGCGGAACUACGCCUACUCCGCCAUUAAACAAGGUAAAUUAUCAGAAAAGGACAUCAACAGAGGGCUUCACAACCUUUUCUCCAUAAGAAUGCGACUCGGGCUCUUCAAUGGAAGUCCCAACCACCUUCUCUUCGGCAACAUUGCUUCAAAACAGGUCUGCUCUGGCGCUCAUCAGAACCUGGCUCUUGAAGCAGCCCGAGAUGGUAUUGUUCUUCUGAAAAACUUGAAAAAAAUCCUUCCUUUGUCCAAAUCGAAGGUUUCUUCACUUGCUGUGAUUGGUCCAAAUGCAAACCGUGCUUCAGUUCUGCUAGGAAACUAUAACGGACCACCAUGCAAAUCAAACACUCCUCUUCAGGUACUGCAGAACUACGUGAAGAACACAAGAUUUUCGGCUGGCUGUGAUACUGUUAUCUGUAACACAAGCCAUAUUGAUGAGGCAGUAAAGCUGGCCGGCUCAGUGGACUAUGUGAUAUUGUUCAUGGGAUUGGAUCUGACUUUGGAGAAGGAAGAUUUAGAUAGGGACAAUUUGGUGCUUCCUGGGAUGCAGAAAGAACUUAUUACUAGUGUGGCAAGAGUUGUGAAGAGGCCGGCGAUAUUGGUUUUGCUUUGUGGUGGUCCUGUUGAUGUUUCGUUUGUUAAAAAUGAUGAAAAUAUUGGAGGUGUUCUGUGGGGAGGAUAUCCUGGAGAAGCUGGUGGUUUGGCUAUUGCAGAAGUUAUCUUUGGCGAGCACAAUCCAGGAGGAAGACUUCCGCUCACAUGGUACCCACAAGAUUUCACCAAAGUUCCCAUGACUGACAUGAGAAUGAGAGCAGACCCAGGUUCAGGGUACCCAGGAAGAACCUACCGCUUCUACACUGGCAAGCCAGUCUUCAAAUUCGGCCAUGGACUCGGCUACUCCACCUUCUCCUACAAAUUCAAAUCCACACCCAAAAUCCUACUUCUUAACAAAUCAGCCACUGCUCUUCAAUCCAGCAACAACAACUCAGGCAUAACCGGCUAUGACGUUUCGAAGAUGAGCAGAUCAGAAUGUGAGCUGCUGAAGCUCUCUGCCAUAGUGGGAGUGGAGAACCAUGGUCCCAUGGAUGGAAAGCACUCUGUACUGCUGUUUUUGCGCAGGCCAAGCUUGGCAGGAGGCAGGGCAAGGAAACAACUAGUUGGAUUUGAAAGUUUAAGCUUGAAGACGGGGGAGACUGCUCAUGUUGAAUUUGUGUUGAAGCCAUGCGAGGAUUUUGUGCAUGUUGAGGAAGAUGGAAGGAAGUUGGUGGAUUUGGGGUCUCAUUUCUUGAUGGUGGGGAAAGAGAAGCUUGAGGUCAGCGUCGUUGCUUGAAUUUGUGGGUGGAGCAGCAAGAAUUCGAGAGCUUUGAGCCGCCAAGAAUCGGAGAUCAUAAAUUUGUAAAUCAUGGAUUUCAUCUUCGGGUUUUAAUAAGUGGAUGGAUGUUUUAGACU